GGUUUUCGAGAGGUAGUUUAUCUAUUUUAUCAUUAGAUUAUAUCAUUUUUUGUUACUGUAAUUUUGCUAUUUUUUGGUGUCAUUUAUGUACAGUAAUAUUCUCAGGUUGAAACACAUGAACAUGAUUGCUGGUGGAGCAGCUGCACGCCCAUUUGUGACCCAUCACAAUGAAUUGAAUAUGAGGCUGUACAUGCAUAUUGCACCUGAACUCUAUCUCAAGGAGUUAGUAGUUGGUGGACUGGAUCGCAUUUAUGAAAUAGGAAAACAACUUAGAAAUAAGGGUAUUGAUUUAACUCACAAUCCUGAGUUUACAACUUGUGAAUUCUACAUGGCUUUCAUGGACUACAAUGACCUGAUGGAACUCACUGAGAAAAUGUUAAGUGGUAGUUUUUAUGCAACAGGGAUGGUUAAGGAGCUUACUGGUGCCUAUACAAUCAAAUAUCAUACGGAUGGGCUUGAUAAGGAGCCAAUUGAGAUUGAUUUCACUUCCCCUUUUAGGAGGAUUGACAUGAUAGAGGAGUUGGAGAAGAUGGCUAACCUCAAUAUACCUAAGGACUUUUCAAGUGAUGAAACAAACAAGUAUUUGGCAGAUGCAUGUUUGAGGUUUGACAUCAAGUGUCCCCCUCCUCAAACCACAGCACAUUUACUAGACAAACUUGUGGGUCAUUUUCUGGAGGAGACGUAACCUUCUGCUAAAGCGCCAACUCCAGCACUGUGGGAAGUUCAGGAGAUGCCGAAGCCUGGGGUUUUGUUGAACACUGUGCUAUAAACUAUGGAUUUAUGGGAUUAGCAUUUUAACUUUAUCAUUAUUGGAUCUUAGAGUUUUGAACGUAACCCUUUCAUGUUGGGGUAAUUUGAGAAACACAUGAAUUUAUUCCAUGUGUGGCAGACAUUUCUAUCUUUUUUUUCUUCACAGAUCCUAAAUUUGCUUUCAUGUUAAGGAGUAGGGCACUUUUAAGCUUCUUUGGCCUAGUUUAGACAUCAGUUGAAGCAAAUGCUGGAAUGGUAAUACCCUCAAUCCACAAAUUGGCAUUUGACUAAACAUCUGCUUAAUUA